AUCCCUAUGGUAAAUAGAAUCAAUAAACGUGAAAAUAUUUACAUUUCUUUGCCGAUUUGUAGUAAUUAAAAAUAUGGCAAGCAAGCGGAAACACACUUCAGUUGAGAAAAAUGAAUCUUAUAAAAAACACACUUUGGACUCGGAUGAGGAAGAUUCCGACGACUACGAGCGGGAAUAUCUCAAUGAUAGCGAUAUUGAAGGCGGCGAGGAAGGAGUUGCCAAAGAGGUGGACGAUGUUAAGGUGACGCCGUUUAAUAUGAAGGAGGAGUUGGAGGAAGGCCACUUCGACAAAGAUGGCCACUACCAUUGGAACAAGGAGACGGAGGCAAAGGACAACUGGCUGGACAACAUCGACUGGGUUAAGAUUGGCAAGCAAAAGAACGCCUUCGAUCCCGCCAAAGAAGAUCAGAAUUCCAACUCCUCCGAUGAUGAUGCACUCGUGCCGGCGGACAAGGCCUUUAACCUAUCAAUGAACCUAACGAAAAUGCUAGAGUUUAUGAAGGCAGGAGAAACUGUUAAGAUGACCUUGCAAAGACUAGGAAGUCAACGUCCCGUCCUAACCACUCUUCAGCGAAUUAAGCAGAAAAAGGCGGGUAUUGUGGAUACAAAGACGCAGGAAAUCUCCCAACUUACUGAGCUGGCCAACGAGAUUCUCUCGAAGACCGGCAACAUGGAUAUCUACCAAGAGACCUUUGAAAACAUCAAGUCCAAGCUAGCCGAUCUGCCGGGUACCAGCAAGUCGAAACCAGCCGAUGAUAUUGACAUGUAUGCAGAUGAUUUCGAAGCCAAGGAGUCCGAGCGAUCAAAGGCCCCAACAGCAGCCGCCCCAGCAUCUACCCCCCCGGAGCUGGCGUGGGAGUUUAAAUGGUCGCAGAACGAGACUGAAGUACAGGGCCCCUUCACAACGGAGAAAAUGCUGAAGUGGUCCAAAGAGAAUUACUUUAAAAAUGGAGUCUAUGUGCGAAAAUGUGGCGAAAACACAAACUUCUAUUCCAGCAAUCGGAUAGAUUUUGAUUUAUAUUUGUAAAUUUUAAUUUGCAGUUUAAGAAAAUAUAAAAUUAUAACGAUCAA